GACAUCACCCUUUUGCCUUCGCUUCUGGCACGCGUGCGAGCUUGACAGAAAAGCCCCAUUAAUCUAGCCUAUAUAUUAUCUGUCGAACAUGCAGAACUCCCAUUAGUACUCUGACUGGUAGUUCUAGAAUAGUGAUCAUUAUUGAUAGAAGUUAGGUGAGGCAAAUCCAUCGCCUUUAUGACAGCUCCUUUGCUCUUUGUUUACAGCAGGAUUGUGACGACCGCGUCUGAGGAAACUGUUCAGCCCUGAAGAACUUGAAGGUUGCCAGCCAUGACAGCCGAGAGCGAUAUGGAAAACAGCAGCAGCUCUAUACCUGAAGCCAUGCUCAACUCAUCUCGUCCCCCGGAAGCCAUUUUAUUCCUAGUCCAGCAGUAUACCAGCGAGACUUUCUGGUUCUCCACCUCCACCGUCAUCGCUCUCGUUCUCUCCUACUGUGUCGUCAUCAUCUCCGGACUCAUUGGGAAUAUUUUCGUCAUCCUUGUUGUCUACCGAAAGAAGGAGCUGAGGGGUUCAAGAAACAUCUACAUCCUGAAUUUGUCCGUCUGUGACGUCAUCAUGUGCUCUGUGUGCAUGCCGUUUUCCCUGGUCAAACUCACCGUAAAAAAGUGGACUCUUGGCUUAGCCAUGUGUAGAUUUGUCCCAGCUUUAGCAACCAUCGACGUGUUCGUGUCAACCUGUACUAUACUGGCCAUAGCCAUCGACCGUUACAUGUCCAUCGUCCACGCAUCUCAACUGACCACGCGCCAAGUCAUUCUAGUGCUCGCAGUCAUCUGGACCGUCUCCAUUCUCCUGUCCACGCCUCUAUUCUGCUUUCACAAACAGGACAUACAAAAGCUAUUCGAGCACACGUUUGUCCAGCAAUGCAUUGACGACUGGCCUAACGACCUAUUUCGUCAGAUCUACGCCACAACAGUCAUGCUGAUACAGUACCUCACGCCAUCAGGAGUGAUCUCCUUUCUUCACGCCAGUAUCUGUAAGUUUCUGCACUACCGCCUGGAGGAGAGACCUGGGAUGGACACUCAGAUCACGGCAAAGGCAAAGGCUGACAUGAAACGUCAUCGGCGGACCAUGAUGCUGCUCACAGCUAUGGCACUGGCCUUCUCAAUCACCUGGUUACCGCUCACUAUCCUCAACAUCACGGCAGAUCUAGGACAUGAGGUAUUCAAAGAACAGAGAUACAACCUGUUGCACGCCAUUGGUCUGCUCAUCGCAAUGUCGUCUUCAGUUGCCAACCCACUCAUGUACGGCUGGUUCAAUUCUAACUUCCGACGAGGAUUCUGGGAGCUGCUAGGAACGAAGGAGAAUAGGAAAACGUCAUCUAAGGAUAACAACGGCAUAAGCUCGAGGAAACCAGGCACUUUCGACAUCUCGCCUAAGCCAGGGAAUGCGUGGAGUGAUCCCAGCCUAAAGAACAAAUCUGACUCUGUCAGCCCCAGCCCUAUUGAUUUCGACCCAACGAAAGACCAGGAGCGACGUUCCAAGGAUAGGUUUUCAUUUCGAAAGAAAAGCAUUGCUACCAGCGAUUCUUCUCGAACCCCGUCAAGCAGCAGCCAGCAGCCUUUUCGUGUGGUGGCUUUGGUGGAGAACCAUCAGAACGGCGAAAGAAGAAAAUCUAGUUCCUCAAAGUCGAGAAAAAGCUUUCAAAGCAGCAGGUCAAGCAGAUCUAGUUCCCAAAGUUACAGUCGUCAGAGCAGCGAUGUCAGUGAAAAUAGCCAGGGCAGUCAACAUCUCCAGAUCGGAGCCGCCUCAAGAAAUCAUAGCACUAGCGAUAGUCUGGAUAGUCAGCUCAGCCCAUCCAGGCAAAACAGUUACAGCGGGCGCCACCCAAGAUCUGACGAGAGGGAAAGUCUGAGUGACUCGUGGCAAAGUAUUUCAAAGUCUUAUCAGAGUAUAGGUCUACCUUAAAACAGACUUUGAUAUUAAAGUGUUGAAGAAAACUU